CAUCAACUCCAAACUUUUGAACAGAAGUGUAUACAUACUGUGUAACAGUAAAAUACUUGGAUUUAGUUCUGUAAUUCUUUAUUUCACUUCAUAACAGUAAAGGAUAACAUUAAGAGUUAUGUCAUCAUAUGCGAAUUUCAUUACUUUGAUUUUACUGGUGUCAUUGUCCGCAGGGGCAGACAAUGUCUCUGACGGGAAACAAAGAGAUAUUUUAGAUGGCAACGCGGUGAUGGAUGUUGGACACGCGCUUGGAAAUCCUUUGGUUAAAUUCAUCGGAGCUGUAGUUAAAAGCUUAGAAGACAACAUGAAUGCAAAACUAACGUCGGUUCUAAGCCGCCUGCCAUCUUGUUUAGAUUGGUCGGUAUGGACGGAAUGUACUCAUAUUAAAGCAAACUUUGGAAUUCAGAACAGAACGAGAAUGUGCGGAACGAUGCCAGGCACACCUAACGAAGCCAAAAACGUUAUGGAAAUAGAAACAAGACUUUGUGAGAUGCAUAAAUUGUCAGAAGAUUUACGCAUAUCCACGUGCCCAGAGAAUUAUACGCGGACAGAACACGGGUUUUGUGUAAUGUUUAAAACAGAGAGCGUGUCUUGGGAAACUGCACAGUCAAACUGUGAGAGUGAUGGCGGAAAUUUAAUAAAUAUCGACUCGCAAACAAAGUCACAAGAUAUUGCGAAAGCAUUUAAAGACAAAAGAUUGAAUGAAGGGGCUUUGAUAGAUGGAGUUCAGCAAAGUUCUGGAGCGGACUGGGAAGCUAGAUCCGGGGCAAAGAACUCAUUCUUUAACUGGAAGACCGGCGAACCAAAACGGGACCAGCUUUCCACGUUGUCGGUACGCUAAAAAGGAACAUGCAACAGAAGAAUGGGUAUGGUAUUCCUUUUAUCCCUGUUCAGGCACAGGACCUUAUAUUUGCGAAAUUGCACUUUAAUCAAUCAAUCGUAAUCAAAGUCGAGAAAAUGGCUACAGGCUUUUAAACAGUGUAAAUAGUUUAUAGUCUUCAUGCCCGGCUCGGGCUAGAAUGAAGCUCAUUAAACACGUUUCAUGUCGUAAAUCAUAAUUCAUGAUUCGUUCUGUUCUUAUGUCAAAUGAUAAGUCACCAUCUAAUGUAUAACCAAAAGUAAAGAAAAAAAUAAUGGCAGUUGUACUUGAAUAACAUACCUUCUUCUUUGGUGCGGAUGCAAACAUCGAACUGUACAUAAUUUCCCAUGCCCAAUAAUGUAGGACUGAUAUAGGAAAAUGAACAUACGGAGCCACAAGAGGAGAAUGAAUUUACUGAGCCAUUAUAGGAAAAUAAACUGACUGAGCCAAUAUAGGAAAAUGAGCUAAUAUUGAAAGUUUUCAUUAAAAUGUAUUUUCAAAUUCCACCUAUUUGUGCCAUUACUAUUGAUGUUUGUAUCUAUAUACCUGUAUACAUUUGUACGUUUGAAUAGAAUAAUGUUUGAACUUCUAGUAUAGAUCAAAUACUGGAUUGUUGUACCGUGUC